AUGGAGUAUACACGAUUAGGAGACUCGGGUCUCAAGAUAUCGAAGGUCAUCCUUGGGGCAAUGUCCUAUGGCUCGCCCGAAUGGCAAGGUUGGGUUCUUGAUGAGGAGAAGUCGCUCCCUUUGCUCGAGCAUGCCUAUAAAGUUGGGCUGAAUACAUGGGAUACCGCCGACGUCUACUCCAACGGCAAAUCCGAAGAGAUCAUAGGCAAAGCCUUGUCGAAAUACAACAUCCCCCGUCAGAAAGUGGUAAUUCUGUCAAAAUGCUUUUUCGGCGUUGACCGAUCCGGCGCCCAACCUCGAAUUGCAGCCCUGUCAAAAAACGACGACGAAAUGGUCAACCAAGUCGGUCUGAGCCGCAAGCACAUCUUCGAUGCAGUGGAUGCAAGUGUGAAGAGGUUGGGCACGUACAUCGAUGUUCUGCAAAUCCAUAGGAUGGAUAGGGAAACGCCGAAGAAGGAGAUCAUGAAGGCGUUGAACGAUGUGGUGGAAAGCGGGAAAGUGAGGUACAUAGGAGCAAGCUCGAUGGCGGCAUGGGAGUUUCAGAUGCUACAGAACAUUGCUGAAGCCAAUGGAUGGCACAAGUUCAUCUCCAUGCAAAACUACCACAAUCUCCUCUACCGCGAAGAAGAGCGAGAGAUGCUCCCCUACUGCCGCGCUUCGGGUGUAGGUUGCAUUCCCUGGUCUCCAGUCGCCCGCGGCGUCCUCACCCGACCUUGGGGCGAUCGAUCCACCAAGCGUGAAGAGACUGACAACUUCCUCAAAUCUCUUAUCCGAAGCAAAGAGACGGAAAUCGAUAAAAAUAUUGUAGAUCGGUUGGAAGAGGUUGCGAAGAAGAGAGGCGUGGGCAUGGCACUCGUGGCAAUCGCGUGGUCGAUACGGCAACAGUGUGUCAACCCGAUUGUGGGACUCGGAAGUAAGGAGAGGAUUGACCAGGCGGUCGAGGCGGUCAAGUUCGAGUUGAGCGAUGAAGAGGCGAAGUAUUUGGAAGAGCCGUAUAUAGCCAAGAUGGUCCAAGGCUACUAG